UUGGCCAAGAUGAGAAGUUGGCAGUCUGCUUUCGCAAAUUCAACUUCAGCUUUCAUCACUGAGACUACAGCUUCAUCUCACUGCUGUAGCUUUUCAAAGCUGGACAGAGAAGAGGUGACAAAGGGAGUCUGAUUAAGAGUCCCUCAAGAUGAAGAAAAGCAGAAGUGCUCAUGGAGUUGCACCCGGUGAGGAGAAUACAGAUCCUCCUGUGGGACAAUACGCCACCGGCAGCACUCUCAGCGUGGAGGUGUGCAAAGUGCACAGGCGCUUUUCUGGUAACCUACAGCUGCCUCCGUUGUCCUGGCGGCAGGCAGAAAAGGAGAGGGACCGGGGCAGGCCGCUGACGCCAGAGGAAGAUCCCAUGACCCGAACAAGACCCACAAGUUUGCCCAUCGCCUCCCUGCCGCGCAUCGACAUCACACAGGCCGACCCCGACAGCUUCGAGGUUGAAAAUGGCCCGUCGUUGUGCUGCAGUCCAUCAGACCCGCAGGCCUCUCCGGGCUCAGGAUUGGUCCUGCACCCCAACCUAGCAGGUCAUGGCCAGCGCAGAGAGUCCUUCCUGUACCGCUCUGACAGCGACUACGAGCUGUCACCAAAGUCCUUGUCGCGGAAUUCAUCCAUAGUGGGAGAACUGCACAACGAAGAAUUGAUUGUAACUCCAUUUGCCCAGGUUCUGGCAAGCCUACGGACUGUUAGGAACAAUUUCACCACCUUGACAAAUAUACAAUGUGCGUCUAAUAAAAGGUCUCCUGCUGCAAAUCAGCCUUCGGUCACCAAAGUCUGUCUUUCAGACGAGUCCUACCAGAAGCUGGCCAUGGAGACGAUGGAGGAGCUGGACUGGUGUCUGGACCAGCUGGAGACGAUACAGACGUACCGGUCUGUCAGCGACAUGGCCUCCAACAAGUUCAAGAGGAUGCUGAACCGGGAACUGAACCACCUGUCUGAGAUGAGCCGCUCGGGCAACCAAGUGUCGGAGUACAUCUCCAACACCUUCUUAGAUAAGCAGAACGAGUUGGAGCUUCCUUGUCCGCUCCAAAAGGUGAGGGAGAGGAAGAGGAAGCAGAGCCAGCAGCAGCAGGUUGGGAUGAUGACACAGAUCAGCGGGGUCAAGAAGGUCAACCACACGUCGAGCAUAUUGGGAAAUGUCAGCAACCGCUUCGGCGUCAAGACAGACCAGGAAGAGCUGCUCUCAAAAGACCUGGAGGACGUUAACAAAUGGGGGCUGAAUAUCUUCAAAGUGGCGGAGCAUUCUCACAACCGACCGCUCACCUGCGUCAUGUAUAAAAUCUUUCAGGAGCGAGACCUGAUGCGCACCUUCAAAAUUCCCACGGACACCUUCGUGACCUUCAUGCUGACCCUGGAGGACCACUACCACUCGGACGUGACGUACCACAACAGCCUGCACGCCGCCGACGUGGCCCAGUCCACGCACAUCCUGCUGUCCACGCCCGCCCUGGACGCGGUCUUCACAGAUCUGGAGAUCUUGGCAGCCAUCUUUGGCGCAGCCAUUCACGACGUGGACCACCCAGGAGUGUCUAACCAGUUCCUCAUCAACACUAACUCUGAGCUGGCUCUGAUGUACAACGAUGAGUCAGUGCUGGAGAAUCACCACCUGGCUGUGGGCUUCAAGCUGCUGCAGGAAGACAACUGCGACAUCUUCCAGAACCUGAGCAAGAAGCAGAGGCAGACGCUCCGGAGGAUGGUCAUAGACAUGGUUCUGGCCACUGACAUGUCCAAACACAUGAACCUCUUAGCGAAUUUAAAAACCAUGGUGGAAACCAAGAAGGUGACCAGCUCCGGUGUCCUGCUGCUGGACAAUUACACCGACAGGAUGCAGGUGCUGUGUAACAUGGUCCACUGCGCCGACCUGAGCAACCCCACCAAGCCUCUGGAUCUGUACCGGCAGUGGACCGACAGGAUCAUGGACGAGUUCUUCCACCAGGGCGAUCGGGAGAGGGAGAAGGGGAUGGAGAUCAGCCCCAUGUGUGACAAGCACACAGCUUCAGUAGAGAGGACUCAGGUUAGUUUCAUAGACUUCAUCGUCCACCCUCUGUGGGAGACGUGGGCCGACCUGGUCCACCCGGACGCCCAGGACAUCCUGGACACGCUGGAGGACAACAGAAACUGGUACCAGAGCAUGAUCCCUCAGAGCCCCUCGCCUCCCUUCUACACCAGCGACGGAGAGGGAGGCCAACAUGGCGAAGACUGUUCCCCAGCGAGUAAAUUCCCCUUCGACCUGACCACGGAUGACGGCACGCCGGCGGACGCGGCCGUCAGAAGCGACUGUGCUAGUAGAGGCGGUUCCUCUGACCUGGACGGGACAGAAAUGACGACGUGCGACGUCUCAUCCACAGAAACCUAGCCGGAACCCGUGGCGGUCCCAGAACGGGACGGUUUUUUUAUGCUGAAUUUUUGUUUUUAAUUGCAGUGGAGGCAUCCUGCAAUGAGGCUUUUUGGAGCUAUUUGGCAACCAAGGCCUGUCUGAAUGUUGGGCAAACCCCCUGCAAACAAGGCUCAGAAACCCUGUUGCGGUAUGUUUUUGCUUGCCUGGCAAGGGAGAACUGCCGAGGCGCGGCUGGAAUCCGAGUCCUAACAGACCAAAAGUGGGAUUAGACGGUAUGAAUCUACGAACUGUGGAAAAAAGGACUUCCAAACUUGCACUUCAGGACAUUUUUAUCUUCGUGUAGAAUAUUUGUAAUAUCUCAAGACUAAAUAACACAACCAAAAACUACUGGUCAGCAGGUUACUUGUAACCACGUAGUUUGUUUUUUUUAAACACUUGUCUAAAAAAAAAAGAAAAAGAAGGAGGAAAAAAAGUGCCUUUUUUUGUUUUCUUGUACAACCAUGUCAUUUUGUAAGAGUUUUUAUAAUUUAUUUAACAUGUUCAUGUAGCUGUAAAAUGUGUCCAGUUUUCUACAAGAGGACGUUGUUGUCUCGUAGUCUUCCGAACAUUCUGGCAAUAGUCUCAAGAAGAAGAAAUCUGUUGACUUCCCAGCACAAUUUGCACUUUGUGGCACACUGUAGAGCAAAGAGAGCGUGGAAUGCUGUUUUAGAAAGACAGCGGACAUGUGAAGCCAAAUAAUUUCAUGAAAACAACCCAAAUGUAUUUUGUUUUUGUUGGGGGUUUUUUGUGUUUUUACAUCAAAUUCAUCAAAAAGACUAUUACACAAGUUCUGGGUGGAAAAACGUGAACGUAUCCAAAGAUCAUCUGAAAAAUAACAAAAGCACUUUGAUGAUUUCAGUGUUGCUGAAUCACAACCUUAAAAACUUCCUCUGCUAUUCUGGAGCAACGUAAUCAAAUCCGCAAUUUACGAUCCCUCAUUUAAAAUGUUCGAAACUUAUUUCUAAUAGCAUUUCCCCAUGAAUCCAUUUGAAAUUGUGAGUCAUUUUAGAGCUUUGAAUGAUUGUGCACAGAUUUUUUUUUUUUUUUUAAACACGUCUUUUUUUUUUUUUGUACAACUCGUGUCGUUUUUUUGUUUGUUUUGUUUUUGUUUCUUAUUUUUCACCUCUGCACCUUGAAAAUUGCCAACAGCCCUGCAGCUGGUUGCAGAUCUGUUCCAACACUUCCUGAAAGGUACCACGAUGUCUGGUGAGGGGAGAUGAGUUCGUAGUCAUAACAUGACAUUCUUCUUCUGUGAAUGUGUGCACACUUGAGCGUGCAAAUACGUGGUCACAGAACCACACAAUACCGUCGCAUGCAGCUGUACAGUGCCGACAGUAACGGCGUAUUUAUUACCUUUUUUUUUUCUCCCCUUGUACAAUGAUAAUAUUGGUUGCUAAUAUUUACUGUAUAUUUGCUAUUAUUUAUAUGCUCUACCACACGUCAAAUUACAGUUUGUGGUUUGUCUGUAUUCAGUGAGAUAUUUUGCUAUGAGACCGCCUCUUCAUGUCAUGGAAGUACGUUUUCUUUGAGGGUCCAGCUAGAAAAGUUUGUGUGUUCCGGCAAAGGCUGGAUGUUUACUGCAGCCGAUUGUGUACGGUGACGGGUCAUUGUACAGCUGUAGGAAUAUUUGCUGAAAUAUUUAGCAUUGUUUCAAAUGUAUUUUUUCAGUGUUUUCCUCACAGUAUAUUGGUUAAAAAAAAAAGGAGAAAAAAAAAUAAACAACGGUAUAUGUUGUGCUCAACAAACGUUUUCUAUGUGACUAUUAAAAUGAGCAUGUGAGACAGAA